UUUUUAAUUAUCCAAAUUUAACGGUAACGAAAAUAUGUCCAGUUCAGAGUCGGAAGAUGAAAACAUCAAAAAAUUUCUGGAAGCCGCUGAUACAACCUUAAUCAAUGAUGCAAUGUUUCAGAAAGAUCCGGAUCUAGGUCACUCAAAAAGUUCAGCAAAACCAGUUGACGGCCUAAAGUCGAACCGUUAUUUGGUAGAAGAGAAUGUUUUCCAAAGCGAAAUCAACGUUACAGAGUCUAUGAAGAAGUUUAUCGGCAAGAAGCUGUCUAUGAUCAUCGAUCAGAAAAUUACUUUCGUUGAUUUAAACAACCAAACCGUACGAAAAUCAGGCAAGUCAUUAAAAAACUAUGGCGUCAAACUGUUACGUGAGUGCGAUUCGCAAUUGAAGGCCACGGAUAUUGAGGAGAGCCCUGUCACGAUCCCUAGAAAUAAAAGGAUGAAACAAAUAAGGAAGCGGACGGUUGAACCGAAUGACAGAAAUGAAAAAGAAAAACUUAGCCUAGCUGCAAUUGAGCCAAACGCCAUUCUAGUAUCAACAAAAUACUGGACCAACCGACCAAAGGCAACUCUUUACGAAUACAAAACAAAUGGUUCAAUGAACAUUAUUCAAGAAGCUCCAUCAGAAUUUACACAAUUGAAGCGCAGGAAUAAUUGGGAUGCGACGAAAAUAGCAACAUAUCGGAAGAAGUCCGACAAUGUUCGUUUAUUGUACUCCAGAUGA